GUCUCCCACAUGCCAGUCCCUUAAGCACCACCAUCUCCGUCUCGCAACCUCAUCCUUUAUCUCCUGCUUGUUUUCACCCUUCGGUCCCAAUCCACUUGUCGAGCCUCGACUGAAUCUCCAACACACAGGCCAACAUGGCCACUGCUACCGUCACCGACUUCAUCACAAAGACGGUCAAUGCCACGGCAGCGACAAGCACCUCCAGCUCUCGAGCAACUCCCCAAGGCGGUGUCUUUGAAGGCCUCAAUCCCACCCAUUAUGACCCCAAGAAUCCCAUUACCCUCUUCAUCAUCCAGGCCGCUAUAGUUAUUAUCCUCACACGUAUCAUCCAUGUGCCGCUGGCCUAUCUCCGUCAGCCCAGAGUGAUCGCCGAGGUCAUCACUGGCAUCAUACUGGGCCCGUCCGUGAUGGGGAGGAUUCCCGGAUUCACAAAUGCCAUAUUUCCCACCAGUUCCAUGCCAGCCUUUACACUGGCCGCCAACCUCGGUUUGGUCCUGUUCUUGUUUCUCGUUGGAUUGGAAGUCGACUUGCGCUUUCUCGCCAGCAACUGGCGCAUCGCUCUCAGCGUGGGUGCUCUUGGAAUGGCUAUCCCUUUCGGCCUUGGUUGUGGUAUUGCAUGGGGCCUCUAUCGCGAUUUCCGGAAUGAUUCUGGUCUGGCUCCCAUUAGCUUUGGUGUGUACAUGCUGUUCAUUGGCGUGGCCAUGGCAAUCACCGCAUUUCCCGUCCUUUGCCGUAUUUUGACUACUCUGAAAUUACUCAGCACUCCGGUUGGGGUUAUCGUGCUCUCAGCCGGGGUCGGUAAUGAUGUCGUCGGCUGGAUAUUACUUGCCCUCUGUGUUGCCCUCGUCAACUCUGGCGCCGGCCUCACCGCUUUAUGGAUCCUCCUCGUCGCCAUUGGUUACGCAUUGUUCUUGGUCUUUGCUGUCCGACCGGUCGUCAUGUGGUUCCUUCGAAGGACGGGGAGCCUCGCAAACGGCCCGACGCAAACGGUGGUCGCAUUAACAAUCCUCCUCGUCCUGGCCUCUGCAUUCUUCACCGGGAUCAUUGGAAUUCAUCCCAUUUUCGGCGCCUUCAUGAUAGGGCUAAUGUUGCCUCAUGAAGGAGGCUUUGCUAUCAAACUUACAGAAAAGAUUGAAGAUCUCGUCGGCGUUCUCUUUCUACCCCUUUAUUUUGCCCUGUCAGGUUUGGGCACCAAUCUUGGGCUUCUCAACAACGGCCUGACAUGGGGCUAUGUGGUCGGGGUUUGUGCAGUCGCCUUCGUUGGCAAGAUUGCCGGCGGAACGCUGGCGGCCCGCUUGAAUGGCCUAGUCUGGCGAGAAUCAUUCACAAUUGGCGUUCUGAUGUCGUGCAAGGGCUUGGUCGAGCUGAUUGUCCUCAAUAUCGGGCUACAGGCCAAAAUCCUCAGCACCCGAACCUUCACAAUCUUCGUCGUCAUGGCCCUCAUCACCACGUUCGCGACGACACCAUUGACUGUGUGGCUCUAUCCGGCUUGGUAUCAGCGGAAAUUGGAGCUUUGGAAGCAGGGCAAGAUCGAUUGGGACGGUAACCAGCUUCACCCCGACACUGACGAUACGGACUCUACGAGUGAGGCAGACAUUCUUCGCAAAACAAACGUUGCGAAGAAGGUGCUGGUCUAUCUUCGCCUUGACGGGCUUCCCGGCCUGUUCACCAUGGUCUCCCUACUUGCGCACAAACCCGAGGAGGAACCUGUCGAGCCGCAGGAGCAGACCAAAAACAGCGAGCCGUUGAUGUUGAAUGCGCAAGCCCUCAGCUCAGUAGUCCGGCUCCGCCGCCCUCUUCAAGUGCAUGGUCUUCGUCUUAUGGAGCUCACGGAACGUGAGUCGAGCGUCAUGCGUGUCUCGGAGAUUGAGGAAUUUGCUGGGCGGGACCCGGUCAUCAAGGCGUUUGGUACCUUUGGGCAAUCGUGCGACAUGGCAGUGGGAGGACAAAUUGCUGUGGUGCCCGAUCACAGCUUCUCGGGUACGUUGUUGUCCCGCGCAAGGGAUCUCAAGAGCGACCUCGUGUUGGUCCCUUGGUCCGAGACUGGGACUUUGUCCGAGUAUCCUAGCUUGUUCGAUGCAAAGCCAGGUGAUCCGCUAGCGAACAAGCAAUUUGCGACCCUUGCGCAAGAGAUCUUUGAGAAAGGGAGGGUGACCAGCCACAUUGGGGUUGUUCUUGACAAGACAGUCCUCUGUACGCCAUCUGGUGCAUCGAAGAUUGACUCUCCGGUGCUCGACCGACCGACACGACAACUAAACAGGACAACUACCGGAGUCAGUAUCGUGGAUCAAAUGAACUCGACGGUCCACUUCAAGCUGGCCGAUAGUGGACGAUCCCGGCUCUUCGCCCUCUACCAAGGCAAUAGCGAAGAUGAUCUCUUUGCAGUGCGCCUCGGUCUACAGCUAGCCAAGAAUAAGAAGGUUGAUCUGAAGAUUCUGAACGCAAGAAUUAGCCACGAGUUUGAUGAUGCCAAUCACCAGCCCGAAGACACCGACCAUGAUAACAAGAUGUCCGUCCUAUCGAAGGUGCAUACACUCCGGACACCAACCGACUUUGAGUUUGAUGCCCUCCGAUCCAGCAUUGCGGAUUGUGGCUUCGACGGCAGAGUGACAGUGGUGGACGUGCAGUUGUCGGGUCUGGACGCAAUCGUGACAGCGAUUUCCGAGCCCAGCUCUGCGGAGACGCUUGUUAUCAUCGGUCGAGGCACCUCCCAUAGCCAGACGGCCAACACCGUUUCAGGAGAGUCAUCAAUGUCUAGUUCGAUGGUUAUAUCUGGGGGUGCCGGACAGAGUUCCGCACGCGAGGACAAUCUCGCCUUGGGCCCACUGGCCACACAACUCGUCAAUGUCGUCCGGGAGAGACAAUUGCAGACUGGAUUGCUCGUCGUCCAGGCCCGGAAAGAGAAUGCGUCCGAAAGUCCGGAUGCAUUUGGAGGAUUCGGAGCACCGCCAAAUCCAACGGACACGAGAGGUCUAAAAGGAUUAGCGUUGGCCAAGAAGAUGAGCGCCCUGAGUGAUGACGACUAGGCGCUUUGGUUCUCUUGUCCUCUUCUGCCACUGCUGGUCACUGCAGUUCUCUCUACUUUUCCGGGCAUUUGCUGAGGGUUUACAGCACAGUUUGGGUAUAUACCCAGGGACAUAAAUAUAGCCAGCUAAUUCAUGUCGCCAGUUAGUCAUCAGUCAGUCAGCCAGCCAGCCAUGUGGAUCAACGACAAGCGGGAUUACAUUUACAGAGCAUUUACGACUUGAAUCUGAGUGCAUAUUGGGUCAAAGGGAAGCCAUAUAUAUUCGGAAGAGAAAGUGAUUGAACCAAGAUGCAUGAAUGAAUGAAAACAAGGGAGUGAAAAAGCACCCGUCUGAUAUAUCCCAGUUGUAUAUGUCAUCCGUCUAGCGGUAGAUCUACCAACCUCGACGAGAGACGACUUUCACGCAUAUCUACUUGUUAUGUCUUAGCUCGAUUUCCGCUGAUGUAGAGUUGAUCUGAGCUGAUCUGACAUGAUCUGGUAUGAGUGACUCCCUAUCUACCUACUUAUCUACCCAGGUACCUACCAACUACCGAGGUAAUUCCCCAGUAGAUUGUCCAAGCUGGCUGAUUG